GUAUUAAAAUAAUAGGGGGAUGCAACUCUGAGGAAAAUAGGGGCCAUGGUAUAUUUGUUAGAAGGAUCUUGAUUGGUGGAUUGGCAGCCAGAGAUGGCCGCCUUUGUGAAGGUGAUGAGAUUUUAGAAGUCAAUGGGCAGUCAUUUGGGAGACGAACUACAAAUGAAAGGGCUGUCUCUGUACUCAGAAGUGCCUCGGCUACCAGCACAGUACAACUUGUUAUCACAAGAGAUGAAAUAGCAAGGUCAGAGUACCUGGAUCUUCUUGAGAAUCAGAGUAGCUAUUCUUACUCGACAGCUACCCACAGUGCUUCCUCAUCCAGAGCCAAUACACCUCUGAUGACUGCAGAAUUCAGUGAAAAGAGGUCAUGGGUACUUAAGGAUGGUCAGAUGACCCCUGUGAGUCAGAGUUCAAGGUCAAGGUCGACUAGUCCAGAGGAGCAUGGGAGGAGUAGAGGGUAUAAUGUUGGAGAUGGUGAGGAGGAUGAAGAGGAGGAGGAGGAGACUGAGACUGAGAAGUCCGAGGGCUCUGAGGCAGGGAGUAACUCCCAGUCUGAUACAGGCACAGAAUCUCAGGGAGAGGAAGAAGGUGAGGAAGAUGACGACACAGAUUCUCAGGGAGAGCAGGAAGAGCAGGGUGUGGUAGAGCCUCCCAGACUUAAUACACAAAGUGCAUUGCCAAAAGUUCCCAAUACAUCAUCGUUGCAGCGAUCAUUACAAGAACUGCCAGCGAUGGCCUCGACACCACAAGGAAGCACAGGUGUCAGGAAAAAGGUGCUACAGUAUUCAAGGAAUUGGUUUCAAAGAG